UUGGUCAACAUGUUUAGCCAUGACGGUCAGAGAGUGUUUGAGGCGAUGGUCAAUGGGCCAUUUAUCAUCGGGGGACCUCUUGUGUUCCUGGUAGGAGCCAUUUAUGUUGGCUGGCUGAUGGGCGUCUGGGCUUUGGUUGGCAUUGCCACUUAUGUUAUUAUUUUUGUAAUAAUGAAGUUUUUAGGGGAUGCAAUGGAACAUUUUCGGAAACAAGCAGUAAAUUUAACAGGCCAAAGGGUUGGUCUGAUGAAUGAAGUCCUGACUUGUAUGAAGCUGAUCAAGAUGAACGGAUGGGAACCUGCAUUUCUCAAGCGAAUACUGGACAGUAGGCAGAGGGAGAAGUUGGCUCUGGAAAGAGGCUCGUUUUUCAAAAGUAUUGUGACCUCAUUGAUGCCAAUGAUUCCAGUUAUUGCCUCGAUUUUCAUGUUCCUGGGCUACAUAUUAUCUGGCAAUGAUCUUACUGCUGCCAGGGCAUUUACGGUGAUAUCAGUAUUUUAUGCCAUGACGUUUUCCCUGGCCACUUCGUUGUAUGGUGUACAGAGCAUGAUUGAUGCCUCUGUGGCAAUGACCAGGUAUAAGCAAAUUCUCCUAAUGCCAGAGAAAUAUUCUUAUGAGAAGCCACAUGAUAGUGAUGUGGCAGUGGAAGUGAAGUUUGCCACUCUGACCUGGGAAUCUCUUGAAGCUGAUGAUUGUGAAACAACAGACGAAGACAGCAUCAUCGCAGGGUUGAAGGCAGAAGAUGUCAAAGAUUUAUCAAAUUCCAACCUGGCACUAAACCGUCUCAGUUAUUCAGGAAGCCACCAACCAGAUGUUGUUGAAAGCUCUUCUGCACUUUUGUCGCAGGAGAUUCGUGUGGACUUGGGACAGGAAGCAGAUGAGGUGUCACAUCCUGUACUUCAAGACAUUAACUUCAAAGUGAAAAAGGGAGAGCUGAUCGGAAUUUGUGGGAUGAAAGGCAGUGGCAAGAGUUCCCUAUUGGCUGCCUUGCUUGGACGGAUGCAAAUUUUGGAAGGAGACAUACAAAUAACCGACAGUGUUGCAUUUGUUAGUCAGGAUCCUUGGAUCAUGAAUGGAACUGCCAGGGAAAACAUUCUCUUUGGGAGACCUUAUGAGAAAGAAAGAUAUGAGAGAAUCAUUAAAGCUACAAAACUGGACAAAGACUUUGACACUUUUGGUGCCAAUGAUGAAGUGGAAAUAGGAGACAGGGGUUUAACCCUAUCAGGUGGACAGAAGCAGAGAAUCUGUCUAGCCCGAGCCAUCUACAGUGAAAGCAGCAUCUUGUUGCUGGACGAUCCCCUGUCAACUUAUUUACCCAAAUGUGACAAGGUCAUAUACAUGCAUGAGGGUCACAUAGUGUCAUUUGGCAGCCAUUCUGAACUGAUGAACUCGGACAGUCCGUACAAAGAACUCUUCAUGCUAUACAACAACAAGUAUGAUCGGAUUCUCAAGGAGCGAAUGAUGCAGCAGGAUAAAAUCAAUGAUUUGCACAGCGUGUCUCGGCUGGGGUUUUCUAGAGUGUCAAAGAGAAGCCUCUACCAUCAGAUGAGUUAUUCCAUGCCCACGCAAGUUCAGAACCAGUUCAGUGUUGUGUCGUCCAACAGCAUCUGUGCCGAGUAUGAGAAUGUGGAUCUGGAGGAUCUGGUGAUGUCUCACAAAAGUCCAAACUGCCAUAUCAGAGGACGAACCUACUGGACUUACAUCCAAGCUAUGGGUGGCAUGGCUGUUUUUUUGUUUCUGCUGGAGGAGACGCACAGCUGCAGGAAUGUUCCAGGUUUGUUGACAUUUCCUAAUUCUUUCAUAUUUAAUGAUAAAUGUAAUUCUCUGUGUAUUUACCCUAGUAUGUUGUCCAAUAAGAUGCUUUUAUGGAAAUUGUUUACAUUUCAGACAUCUAAUGUGACCGCAAACAGUAGCAUCAAACAGGAUAUUGAGAUGUUGAACAGUGUUGUCAACAACCCGGACAGAAACACGUAUGCUGCCAUUUAUGGCCUCCUUCUAAUAGCCAUGCUGGUCCUUCUUGUUGCAAGGUCUUUCAUUUUUGCCAAGUUUUUGCUGCGGGCCUCAAGUUACCUGCAUAAGAACUUGAUAGAGAAGACCCUCAAGAGCCCAAUGAAGUUCUUUGAUGUCACUCCUACAGGCAUCAUUCUCAAUCGAUUCACUGCGGACCUGGAUGAAAUUGAUGUCCGCCUGCCUGCCAACUGUGAGCUGUCCCUACAGAAUGUGUUUAUGGUGUUAUCUGCCCUUGUUCUGAUCUCAGUUGUCUUCCCUUGGGACCUUCUGGCCAUCAUCCCCCUGGUGGCCACAUUUGGGCUCCUAGCUUACAUGUUCUCCCCAGUCUUGCAACAGCUGAAAUUUGUGGACAACAUCACCAGGGCCCCUUACCUCAGCCACCUGACUGCCUGCGUCGAAGGCAUCGCUACAAUACAUUCCUUCAACCAGGGCCAGCGAUUUUACCACAAAUUCUGUGAACUGUUAGAUCGAAACAGUGUGCCAUUUUUCCUUUUCUAUGCUGCCAACCGCUGGCUGGCUGUGUUUCUAGACUGCAUGACGAUUGUUGUCACAGGGGCAACUGGAUUUCUGAUUGUGUUUACACUCGAUUCUGAGAACAGUUCUCAGGCAGGCAUGGCGCUGUCGUUUGCUAUACAAAUAACCAGUUUUGUGCAGUACACCCUGCGGCACUCAAUGGAAUCAGUUUCCAGGUUAACUUCUGUGCAGAGAAUUCAGGAUUAUGUUGAGACUCUUCAUCCAGAAGGAUGUGCGGUCAGUAACCCAGUUAUCCCGCCGGACACCUGGCCCAGUGAGGGCACUAUUAAGUUUAAACAUUACAAAAUGCGAUACAACGACACACAGCCUCCGGUCAUCAAGGGCAUCACACUCAACAUUAAAGCUCAGGAGAAGAUCGGCAUUGUGGGUAACUCUGGUUCAGGCAAAUCUUCUCUCGGUGUGGGCCUCUUCCGAGUGGCCGAGGCUGCGUCUGGCUCCAUCUUCAUAGACAACAUCAACAUUCGAGACAUACCUCUGGACAUACUGAGAUCUAGGCUCUCUAUUCUGGUACAGGACCCAGUGUUAUUUACUGGAACAAUUAGGUACAACCUUGACCCAUUUGGAACAAUUACUUCAGAAAAUGCAUUCUGGGACGCCCUGGACAAAUGUCACAUCAAAAAGAAAAUUCGUUCUCUGGAACAUGGCCUGGACACAAUGGUGGAGGAGAAUGGCCGUAAUUUUUCUAUGGGAGAGAGACAACUUUUGUGUUUAGCGAGGACUCUGCUCAGAAACUCAAAGAUCCUAGUUUUGGAUGAGGCGACGGCGUCCGUAGAUUCCAGCACAGAGGUUCUGGUACAGCAGACUAUCAAAGAAUGCUUCCAUCACUGUACAGUCUUGAUGAUCGCCCACAGGAUCAACACAGUAUGGGACUGUGACAAAAUUCUGGUCAUGGAGACUGGACAAGCUGUUGAAUUCAACACACCAACUGAUCUGCUGCAGAAGCCAUGUUCCCGUUUCAAGUCCAUGUUUGAUAUGGUGAAAUCCAUUCCGAGAGGAGCUUCCAUCAACGACGACCCUGUCCUGGCAGACAGGUCGAGAUCGUCUGUCCAUGCACCCCCUUCGUGUCGUCUGUCUUCAUCUUCAUUCAUUCGCCCAUCACAGCGGCACACCUCUUCGGCUUCUCCAAUUGUUGAUAUCUCCUUCUUACGGGACUCGGAUAUAUUUGAAGACGAUGAUGCAUUAGCGUGA